AUGAAGUGGCCCUUUUGUUUUCUAGCGCCUGCAGCUGUGGCUCUGCAGACCUUGCCCCCGAUUCAAUUCAUUAGGGUUCCGAGCUCGGGUGGAUUCUCUCUUGCAUCCACAGAACGUGUUAUCUAUGUCGAGAAGGGGUUUUCUGACUGGAAAGAUCAGCAUGGCCUAACUUUGGUUCCACCCUCGGUAUUUCAGUUUGCGGGACUAUUCCGUGAUGAUCUCCAGGAACUCACCAACAGUACCUGGGACAUUCGAACCGCGCAGGAAUUUCCAGAACACGCAUCAGGAAUAUUUCUUGGUCGCUCACCAGCGCAAAAUCAUCUGACCUAUGAGGAUGGCACAACUUCAGAAGAGGGGUACGAAAUCGUGGUCCAAAAUGACCGUGUUUCUAUCCUGGGUUCAGGCGCGCGAGGAAUGUGGUGGGGAACUCGGACACUGCUGCAACAACUCGUUCUGAACUCGCAUUCAAUCCCGGCUGGUCGUGCGCAAGAUGCACCCGCUUACGCGACGAGAGGCUUCAUGUUGGAUGCCGGUCGGAAAUGGUAUUCUUUGGAUUACUUGAAAGACCUUUGCACCUACGCCUCAUUGUUCAAACUAUCCGAAUUUCAUUACCAUGCAACGGACAACUACCCUCUGUCACGAGGACCGAAUAUGACCUGGAACGAUGUGUACUCCCAAUUUUCUCUCAGGCCGGAGAACCCGGAGCUUAUGCCCCUAGUUCAACGAAUCAAUGAGACUCUAUCGCGAUCCGAGUUUGAUGACUUUCAGCGUCACUGUGCUCUGCGAGGAAUUACGGUGAUUCCGGAGAUUGAAGCCCCAGGGCAUUGUCUAUCGGUGACUAAAUGGAAGCCAGAGUUGGCCUUGCACCAACAGGAUCUACUCAACCUGUCACACCCAGAAACAAUUCCACUCGUCAAAUCAAUCUGGACGGAAUUUCUUCCUUGGUUCCAUACCAAGGAGGUUCACAUUGGCGCCGAUGAAUACGACGCCACGUUAGCCGAUGACUACAUCGGUUUCGUCAAUGAGAUGUCUCGAUUCAUCUAUCAGACCCACCAAAAGAGCAUUCGGAUCUGGGGCACCUACGAGCCAUCCAAGUCUCGGUCAAUUGACCGAAACAUUACCAUACAGCAUUGGCAGUACGGACAGUCGGAUCCUGUACAGCUGGCUCAAACUGGAUACCGCAUCAUUAACUCUGAAGACUGGUGGGCUUAUCUGUCGUUGAAGAACGAUCAUGUUCCCAUCACACCAGCUCCCUAUCCUCAGUUCUUUAAUAAUUCCCGUGUUUUGGAUUUCGCCGACAUCGAAGGUUGGCAGUGGACCCCACAGCUCUUCAAUCCAGUGAACAAGACAGAGCAGCCCGACUCAAAAGCUGUGCGGGGUGCCACUAUGGCGGCAUGGAAUGACAAUGGGCCGGAUGCAACUACACAGCUAGAGGCGUAUUAUGCGAUCCGAAAUGGUAUCCCUGUUGUUGGAUCACGCGCAUGGUCAGGGACCCGCGGACCUAGACUUUCUGUGUCUACCCUGGACGACUCUAUUGCGCGACUAACAGCACAUGCUAUUGGUCAAAACUUGGACCGAAAAAUCUUCCGAGAGUCAGCGCAACCUCUCGAUCCAGUUUUCUCAUGGAGCAAACCUCAGGCGGACCCCUCCCGGCAGGGCUAUCCGAUAGGACUGGGCAGCAAGGGAAUGAAUUAUACCUUGCGAUUGGAUGUCACCGGUCCCUUUACCAUUGAGUCAACCGAUACUACUCUUUCUUUGUCUGAAGAUGGCCAGUUAAUCUUUACCGCUGACGGAUGGCCAUAUCCUCUUCGUUCCGUUGCAGAGACCGAUGGAUUUGACUCGGCUAAGCCUGGGAGAAUCUGGGCAAACAUGACCAGCUCGAACCACAAGGUCGUCGAGGUGCCUAGGGAUGCCCAUAUCACUAUCACUACAGAUGAAGUCUCCGGCAGCCGUGUAUGGAUCGAUGGUUAUUUCGUAGGGCGCUUCGAGGUUUUCGUGUAUGGUGGUCAUAACGAGAAUUUCUCAUGGAGCCAAAUGGCCUUUGUAGCCCCGCUCGAUGCCGUUCAUGGGACAGGGUUACAGAGCAUGACACUUGAAGGUUCUCCCUGA